AUGUUCCACGGGAAAACGCUUCGUCUGGCGCAGGCGCUGCUCAUUGUUGCGCCCGCCUUCAUUGUUUUCGGUUAUAAUCAAUCUGGACUAGGUCCAUUGGCGACAUUGCAGAGCUGGGUGGGCGUUUUCCCUCAGAUUGACACCAUCAACACUACAGGUGCUCAACGUGCGAAGAACUCUACUGCAAAGGGUGCCGUAAUCGCCUCUUUCCAGCUUGGUGCUCUCAUUGGAGCCUUAUCGUGUACGGCUUUGGGCGACCGUCUCGGUCGCCGUAAGACUAUUUUCCUUGGUGCCAUCUUGACUCUUAUUGGACAAUUGCUGCAGACAUCUGCCUAUGGACUCGCACAGUUCGUUGUUGGACGUGUGAUUCUUGGACUGGGCGUUGGUCAGUUCAGUGUCGCUGUACCAGUUUGGCAAUCCGAAUGUACAUCAGCCAAGCACCGAGGUCAACAUGUUGUUGUUGAUGGAAUUUGUAUCUGCCUGGGUUAUGCACUAUGCAACUGGAUUGAUUUCGGUCUUAGCAAGGUGGAUGGAUCACUCCAAUGGCGUAUCCCGCUCGUUGUCUCGUUCUUCUUCUCUCUUGUCGUCCUCUUCUCCGUCUUCCUCCUUCCUGAAUCUCCUCGGUGGCUUGUUCGGGUUGGCCGCAUCGAAGAAGCGACUCACAGUCUCGCUGCGUACAAGGGUACCUCUCCUGACGACGAGUCUGUUCGUAUCGAAAUCGCCGGUAUCGAAACCUCCCUCGAAGUCACUGUCGACAGCGCCAAACUGCGCGAUAUCUUCGACCGGAGCAAACCCGAUGAGGAACGUCUACUAUACCGGUUCUGCUUGUGCGUUGCGCUCCAGUUCUUCCAACAGAUGUGUGGUGGAAACCUUAUCUCGACAUACGUGUCGACCAUCUUUGAAGAAAACCUGCACAUGACGAGCGACCUUGCUCGCAUCCUCUCCUCAUGCGCAAUGACAUGGAAGUUCCUUUGCAGCUUCAUCGCUUUCUUCGCUAUCGAUCGUCUAGGUCGUCGCAAGAUCUUCAUGAUCAGUGGCACAGGUAUGGCCGUCUGCAUGACCGUCCUGGCCAUCACGACCAGUUUCGAGGGUAAUCAUACCGCCUCAGUCGUGUCGGCCGUUUUCAUAUUCCUCUUCAACUCAUUCUACCCCGUCGGCUUCUUGGGUGGAAACUUCCUAUACUGUACUGAAGUUGCACCCAUGCGUCUCCGUGUUGCCAUGGCCGCUAUUUCGACAGGUAAUCACUGGCUGUGGAACUUCGUCGUCGUGAUGAUUACGCCCGUUGCGCUGGACACUAUUGGAUACCAGUAUUACAUUAUGUAUGCUGUUAUCUCGGCAUUUAUCCCCAUUACAGUUUACCUGUUCUAUCCCGAGACAAUGAACCGCAACCUGGAGGCUCUUAACCAUGUCUUCCGGGACGCGCCAACUACUUGGGAUAUCGUUUCUAUGGCUCGCAAUUUGCCGCAGGGUGAGGCUGCAGAAGUAGAUGUGUGGAUGCGAUCAGAAGAGAAGGGGGCUGUCGAGCAGAGGGAGGAGGCUUAA